AUGAAACAAACUACGAGCACUGAAAAUUGUAGUCAAGUUGAUACUUUAUCUACACAAGAGUUUCCUUAUUACGAACUGCUGCAUGAUGAACAUUUUCCUAUUUUCUUUGUGAAGACGAAUGAAAUGUUAUCAAAAAUAUAUCACGCUGAGAUGGGUGCUGAGACUAAAUUAAGACCAAAUAUAACGUCAAAGUCUGAAAAUGGGAGAAUUUAUAUCACGAUAAGCAACGACUGGAAACAACGGAAAUGA